GAGGGGCGGACGGGCGGACGGGCGGGCCUUUUCUACGCCCUUCACUUCCUGUUUGCGGAACCUUCUGGAUCCGGGUCAAGGGUGUUCAUAUCCCCUUCUCCCCGGCUGAUCCGGCACCCUGGGUGACAGCGGCUCCAGACUCAGCCCAGGGCCCGUUUCAUCUCACGAUCUGCUGGAGCCCUGACGCCCACACCUGCCCCGGGACGCGGAGGCGCGCUUCCUCCACCUACAGGCUCGCAGUCCCGGGCCCUGAGCGCCCGCUGCCGCCGGCGGGGGGGCGUCCUGCUGGCCCCUCCGUGCUGAUGCUGAGAAGGACCGCGGGCCCGGCGCGGCGGCCAAGUGCGGGCCUCUGGCUCAUUAGGCCUGCUGCGGGCGGUGCCGGUUCUUACGCGCCCCAAGCUUACCGUCUGCUGCCCGGACUUGGAUGGACCCCCCUGCCCGAUAAAUGUGGCUGUUGAGGCGGCCGUGGCGGUGGUCGGUCCCGCUGCUGCUGCGCUCCAAGUUCACCUCCGCCCCGGGGCUCUCCUGCCCCAACUCGGGGCUGUCGCCGCCCGCUCCCUAUCCCCUGGCGUUGCAGCGUGGCGACCAUGGACAAGAUCCUGGAGGGCCUGGUGAGUUCUUCGCACCCGCUGCCGCUAAAGCGGCUGAUUGUGCGGAAAGUGGUGGAAUCGGCGGAGCAUUGGCUAGACGAGGCGCAGUGCGAGGCCAUGUUUGACCUGACCACCCGGCUCAUCCUGGAGGGCCAGGACCCCUUUCAGCGACAAGUGGGGCACCAAGUGCUGGAGGCCUACGCACGAUACCACAGGCCCGAGUUCGAGUCCUUCUUCAGCAAGACGUUCGUGUUGGGCCUCCUUCAGCAAGGCUACCAUUCACUGGACAGGAAGGACGUAGCCAUCCUGGACUACAUUCACAACGGCCUGAAGCUGAUCAUGAGCUGCCCGUCGGUGCUGGAACUCUUCAGCCUGCUGCAGGUGGAGGUGCUACGGAUGGUGUGUGAGAGGCCGGAGCCGCAGCUGUGUGCCCGACUGAGCGACCUUCUGACCGACUUCGUGCAAUGCAUCCCUAAGGGGAAAUUGUCGAUCACCUUCUGUCAACAGCUGGUUCGAACGAUAGGCCACUUCCAGUGCGUGUCCACUCAGGAGAAAGAGCUGCGAGAAUAUGUCUCUCAGGUGACAAAAGUGAGUAACUUGCUGCAAAACAUCUGGAAGGUGGAGCCCUCCACACUGCUGCCUUCCCUGCAAGAAGUUUUUGCAAGCAUUUCUUCCACAGAUGCGUCCUUUGAACCUUCUGUAGCAUUGGCAAGCCUUGUGCAGCACAUUCCGCUUCAGAUGAUUACAGUUCUCAUCAGGAGCCUUACUACGGAUCCAAAUGUAAAAGAUGCAAGUAUGACCCAAGCUCUUUGCAGAAUGAUUGACUGGCUGUCCUGGCCUUUGGCUCAGCAUGUGGAUACAUGGGUGAUUGCACUCUUGAAAGGACUGGCAGCUGUGCAAAAGUUUACUAUUUUGAUAGAUGUUACUUUACUGAAAAUAGAACUGGUUUUUAAUCGACUUUGGUUUCCUCUUGUGAGACCUGGUGCUCUUGCAGUUCUUUCCCACAUGCUGCUUAGCUUUCAGCACUCCCCAGAGGCGUUCCAUUUGAUUGUUCCUCAUGUAGUUCAUUUGGUUCACUCUUUCAAAAGCAAUGGUCUGCCUUCCAGUACAACCUUCUUAGUGCAAUUAACAGAACUGAUACACUGUAUGAUGUAUCAUUAUUCUGGAUUUCCGGAUCUUUAUGAACCUAUUCUGGAAGCAAUAAAGGAUUUUCCUAAGCCCAGUGAAGAGAAGAUUAAAUUGAUUCUCAAUCAAAGUGCCUGGACUUCUCAGUCCAAUUCUUUGGCAUCUUGCUUGUCUAGACUUUCUGGAAAAUCUGAAACUGGGAAAACUGGUCUUAUUAAUCUAGGAAAUACAUGUUAUAUGAACAGUGUUAUACAAGCAUUGUUUAUGGCCACAGAUUUCAGGAGACGAGUGUUAUCUUUAAAUCUAAAUGGGUGCAAUUCAUUAAUGAAAAAAUUACAGCAUCUUUUUGCCUUUUUGGCUCACACACAGAGAGAAGCAUAUGCACCUCGGAUAUUCUUCGAGGCUUCCAGACCUCCAUGGUUUACCCCCAGAUCACAGCAAGACUGUUCUGAAUACCUCAGGUUUCUGCUAGACAGGCUCCAUGAAGAAGAAAAGAUCUUGAAAGUUCAGUCCUCUCACAGGCCUUCUGAAAGUCUGGGGUGCGUUGAAACUUCUUUACAGGAAGUAGCCAGUAAGGCAGCUAUACUAACAGAGACACCUUACACAAGUGAUGGUGAGAAGACUUUAAUAGAAAAAAUGUUUGGAGGAAAGCUACGAACUCACAUAUGUUGUUUGAACUGCAGGAGUACCUCACAGAAAGUGGAAGCCUUUACAGAUCUUUCACUUGCCUUUUGUCCUUCCUCUUCUAUGGAAAACUUGCCCUUUCAAGAUCCAACAUCAUCACCCAACACACAGGAUGAUGGUGUAAUGCAAGCCAGUGUACCUGGUCCUUCAGAAGAACUAGGCGUUUAUAAUUCAGCAACAGCUGCCUUCAUCUGUGACUCAGCUGUGAAUGACAGAAUGGUAGGCAGUGGUCCUGAUGAGUUUUGCUGUACUGAAAACACUUCUGUCCCUAAUGAAUCUAGCAAGAUUUUUGUUAAUAAAGAUGUACCUCAGAAACCAGGAGGUGAAACCACCCCUUCAGUAACUGACUUACUAAAUUAUUUUUUGGCUCCAGAGAUUCUUACUGGUGACAACCAGUAUUAUUGUGAAAACUGUGCCUCUCUGCAGAAUGCCGAGAAAACUAUGCAAAUCACAGAGGAACCUGAAUACCUUAUUCUUACUCUCCUGAGAUUUUCAUAUGAUCAGAAGUAUCAUGUGAGAAGAAAAAUUUUAGACAAUGUGUCACUGCCACUGGUUUUGGAGUUGCCAGUUAAAAGAACUACUUCUUUCUCUUCGUUGUCAGAAAGUUGGCCUAUAGAUGUUGACUUCACUGAUAUUAGUGAAAACCUAGCUAAAAAAUUAAAGUCUUCUGGAACUGAAGAAGCUUGCUGCCCAAAACUGGUGCCCUAUCUAUUAAGUUCUGUUGUCGUUCACUCUGGUAUAUCCUCUGAAAGUGGGCAUUACUACUCUUAUGCCAGAAACAUUACCGGUACAGACUCCUCGUACCAGAUGUGCCACCAGUCUGAAACCUUGGCAUUAGCUUCCUCCCAGAGUCAUGUACUAGCAAGAGAUAGUCCCAGUGCCAUUAUUGAACAGGAUUUGGAAAAUAAGGAAAUGUCAAAAGAAUGGUUUUUAUUUAAUGACAGCAGAGUGACAUUUACUUCAUUUCAGUCAGUCCAAAAAAUUACGAGUAGGUUUCCAAAGGACACAGCUUAUGUGCUUUUGUAUAAAAAACAGAACAGCACUAAUGGUCUAAGUGGUAACAAGUCAAGCAGUGGACUCUGGGUAAAUGGAGACCCACCUCUACAGAAAGAACUUAUGGAUGCUAUAACAAAAGACAAUAAACUAUAUUUACAGGAACAAGAGUUGAAUGCUCGAGCCCGGGCGCUACAAGCUGCAUCUGCCUCCUGUUCAUUUCGGCCAAAUGGAUUUGAUGACAAUGAUCCACCAGGAAGCUGUGGACCAACUGGUGGCGGCGGGGGUGGAGGAUUUAAUACAGUUGGCAGACUCGUAUUUUAAUCCAGAGAGAGUAAUGCACUGGUCACAAAACAUCCAAUGCUAUGACUGUUAAAAUGUCCGACUGUCACAAGUAUUUUUUCUUUUCAUUAGACCCUUAUACUUUAAGAAAACACACUCAGUGCUUGUUUUUAUUUUCUUGACAAUACAUUUAUUAACAAAAUGCAUCAUGGGAAAAAAAAAUCUACCUCUUAAAAUUCCAUUUGCUUUUAUGGUUAGACAUGCUUGACCAAAAAUUUUCAGAGGAAAAUAUGUACCUGGUCCCUAAUUAAGCUGCAUUAAAUUUAGUAGAGGCAUUUAAAUGAUUCUAUUCUCAGUUUUACUGAACAAAAAAUACUCAUUUAGCAUCCUUUGUAGAAGAAUUGAUGUUAGAGGUGAAGGGAAUAUUGUUUUUAAAAAAACAAAAUCCUUUAUUUCCUGUGUAGUUACCCCAUUAUUAAAUUUGAGUCUUUGAAAAUACUGGAGAUGAUACAGUCUCUAAUGAAGGCAAUAACAUAGACUUUAUCAAGUGUAGUACUUUUCAGGUUUAGUGCUGUCUUCAGCAUCACUGUAUCUGCAUUUCAAGUACAAAUGUUUUAAAAAGGAUUAUUUAUACAUAAAUGUGUUGAAUUGAUUUUAAGAAAGGUGCAUGAUCCUGUAGGAGCAACAUUUUUACCUAAAAAUUGCUAACUUUGUAGUAUUUCUAAUUGCUUAAGGAUUUUAAAAUUCUAUUUCAGGGAGUCUAUCUUCUGUGUUUUGAAGGAGGUGAGUUCUGUAUGUGCCUUGCAGUACUGUAACUAAAAAAUAGGAUUCUUUGGCUGCGGAAAAGCUUUUUUAAAAUGAAAUGUUAGGAAGUAAUUUUUUGUGCUAACAUUAAAAUUAUAACUUUUUGAAAGGUAUUAGAUUUUCCUGAAGUAAAAUAUGAUGGUUCUAAAUCAAUAGAUGUGAUAGUUCAUUUUUAACUCUUAGAGAAUUCAGAGUAAAUGAACCUAGUCAAGUAGAAAAUCUUUAUUGAUUUUGUUACUUAAUCCUCAGAAUAUUAAACAUUGAUCACAUAUUUUUAGAGUUGUA